ACUGAUGUAGAAGUUGAUCUGAUCAUCAUCUGAUCUGAUCAUCAGAGACUCGACAGGCAAACUUUUUUCCUUCAUCUGAGUGCGUAACCUCUGACUUUUCGACCAUGAUGUCUCUUUCAACCUACGAAUCAAACCAGUACAGGGGGCGCUACAGUAUGCCGGUGCCGACCUCCAACCUUUUGAUUAUUGAAAAUGAUUUUCCGGAAUUUCAACCUUUUGAAGAAGAGGCCACGCCCAGAGGAUAUGCACCUGGGGUUGCAUCUCUGUCGGUGCAGAACAUCGACAUGUGUCUGCAGAUAAACAAAUCAAAGCACUACACGACCGCCUACGACACCCAAAACCUGGUGGUCCGUCGCGGUCAGGAAUUCGUCAUCCAAGUCACCUUCAGCCGCCAGCCGACCCCAGCAGACAACUUCCAGCUCGAGUUCCUGAUUGGCUCCGACCCUUCACCCAGUAAGGGCUCUCUGGUGGCGGUGACCUUCGGUUCCCGUAAUGGUGGUCAGUGGUCGGGGAAGAUUCUAGAGACACGGGGUAACACGUUGAUGCUGGGCAUCAAGCCAAACGCGACCGCCAUUGUGGGGAAGUAUCGUACCUACGUGGCCAUCAUGGCAGACGGCGGCGUGCAGCGAACCAAGAGGGACGCCAACACUGACAUGUACCUGCUGUUCAACGCCUGGUGUCCAGACGACGCUGUGUUUCUUUCUGAUGAAGCACAACGGAGGGAGUACGUCCUGAACGACACUGGUGUGAUCUAUCAGAAUUCUGCGUCACAACGCAGCUGGAUGUAUGGACAGUUUGAGCGUGGUAUUUUGGACGCCUGUAUUUACAUCUUGGAUGCAUCUCAGAUGCCAAUCUACAACCGAGGCAAUGUCAUCAACCUGGUCAGGAUAGGCUCUGCCAUGAUUAACACUCAGGACGAUAAUGGCGUGUUGGUUGGGAAUUGGAGUGACGACUACUCCUUGGGCACAGCGCCGACAGCUUGGACGGGCAGCGCCAAGAUCCUGCUGCAGUACGCCAACAGUGGAGUCUCCGUCUGUUUCGCCCAGUGCUGGGUGUAUGCUGGAGUCUUCAACACCUUCCUACGUUGCCUCGGCAUCCCGGCGAGGGUCAUCACCAACAUAAAUUCAGCUCACGACAACACAGGCAACCUGAAGACCGACCUCAUCUUCUUGACAGAUGGCACGCCGGACAGACGCAACACCAGGGACUCCAUCUGGAACUUCCACUGCUGGAACGAGGUGUACAUUGCGCGUGCUGACCUACCGCCUGGCCUCGGAGGAUGGCAGGUGGUGGACUCCACGCCCCAGGAGACCAGUGAUGGAUAUUAUCGCUGUGGUCCAGCCUCAGUCGCUGCCAUCAAGGAAGGCCUGCUCUGUCACCCGUUUGACUCUGGAUUUGUCUUCGCUGAGGUGAACAGUGACGUGGUCUUCCACAAGCGGGAUCAGUACGGGACUCUGACUCCAUACAAGGUGGAUAAGACUCUUGUUGGACAGGCUAUUUACACCAAGGCCGUGGGCAGCACGUCAGCUGUGGACAUCACACACACCUACAAGUACCCUGAAGGUAGUGCAGAGGACAACAGGACCAUGACCCGGGCGGAGGAGUACGGCUGCGAGAGGGAUCACUCUGAGCUGCCUGACGUCCAGCUGUCUGUCGUCAUCACAGCUGAACCGGUCCAGCUGGGUCAGGACGUGAACCUGGCAGUGGAUUUCCAGAACCACGGAGAAUUCCCCAAAACGGUCGAAGCUCACCUGUCCGGGUCCGUCAUCUUCUACACCGGCGUCACAGCCAGUGACUUCAAAGCUCUGGACUUCACUGUCACCGUGCCGGCCAAUCAGACCGAGCGCGUGAUGUUGAAGAUCACAGCUGAGGAGUACCUGCCUAACCUGGGCUCUCAGCUCUCCCUGAACUUUGUUGUGACUGGACAGGCUGACGACCAAUCAGUGACCGCCAUCAAGGUGAUCGACCUGCAGGCCCCGGUCCUCACCAUGACGGUGAGCGGCCAGCCUCAGGUGCAGCAGGAGAUGUUUGUGACCGUCUCCUUCACCAACCCCUUCAACUUCCCUCUGGAGAAGGUGAACCUGGCCAUGGAGGGAGCUGGACUCAUGACCCACAGGACACGUUACUACAGUGUCAUUAAUCCUCAGGCUUCGAUCUCCUGGAAGGAGUCGUUCGUCCCUCGGCUGGAUGGACCCCGUCGCCUCUUAGCGGUGAUGGACUGCAGCAACCUCCAGCAGGUGUGGGGAAGUGUUGACAUCGACAUCGCGGCCUGAGAUGAUUGGUUCACAGAGAUGUGACCCCGCCCCUUGCCAUUUCCACCACGCUUCCAACCAAUCACAGAGUCGGCGGAGCCAACAAACUGCACAAACGACUUCGUCGACGAUUUGUUUUCUUCUUUAAUUUCAGAGUUUUAAUGUUUUGCUCCAGGCGAUGGAGGUCUGUGUGACGUUUUAAAUGAGUUUAGCUAGUUUAGUGAGGAAGCUCAAGGGUUAAAGGUCACAGUAGCCUUAAAACAGAUGAUACUGGAGAAGAAUUAAGAACUUUUGAUAGAUCUUUGUUAGGCAAAUUUAAGAAAUUGGAGGAUUUUUUUUUAAAUUCAUACGGUGAUCUGAGGUCCGUACAACACAUGUAAAAUAUUUUAGAUUCAUAAAAUCAUCGUGAAAACACAUUUUCAUCAACAGGAAACAUAAAUAACACGCAAACAGCAAAAACCAAAUUCCAGUUUAAACACAGACAUCUGGUACGUUUACAAACUAUUCUAGUUACUGUUAAUGAGUUUCAGAUUUAAAUUCAGUUUAAACUUUCGCUGUAAUCAUGUAAGCAUGGCCAAAAGUAUAUGGACACCCAAAUAUUCCAGCCAUGUGAUUACAACAGGGGAUGUCCACAUACUUUUGGCCAUAUACUGUACAACUGAAACAAGGCAAAAAGCUAAAAAAAAUCAUUUCCAGUUCAACAAUAUCUUUUAUUUUCCAGUUUUGUUCAACAUUAUAAAUGCAGCAAAACAAAACUAAAUUAAAGAGUUUAAAAAGCCGCAGCUGCUCUUAAUUAAACAGGAAUUAAACUCUACUACUUUUUUAAUUUAACGCCGAUAACUAAACACAACACUUACAGAGUUUUUAGGCAGCAAACAACAAACUUCAGGUGACAGUUUUUCUCCCAAAAUGAAUCUUAUUAGAAAAAAAUGCUCUCAGGUAGUUUCACACCUUCAUACGAGCUCAUAUGAAAUAUUAAUCAAUCAUAACGCCUUUCAAUCAAUAUUCAUGGGGAGCUGACGCUGAGGAGGCUCCUCCGUCUGGAUGUCACAUCUGUUUCAUUUUCGUUUUGGAUGAUUGUAACACUUUUUCUUUUCUUUGUGCCUUUAAUAUCUUUAUUAAUGCCGAACCUUUCCACUAACAAUAAAAGCAUAUUCAAAACCA